AUGGCUGCCCGCACCACCGUCCCCUUGCUCCCGGAGGGGGCGACGGCGUUGCGGAUUCCCACCGACCGCCCGGCCUUCUACGACGUCUUCAAGGGCUACGAUGUCCUCCCGGCCGCCGCCGCCGUCCGCCUGGCCGUCCCGCCGUCGCAGACGCCCCGGUCCCGUCCGGAGCUCGCGUACGUUACGCUGCGCCGCAGCCCGGAGGAGGUGCUCUACGCGAAGCGCUUCGCGUACGCGUACAUCACCCCGGGGACGGGGACGGACCCGGUGCCCCUCAUCCGCCGCGUCUUCCGCGCCCUGGCCCCCGACCUGCCGCACACCUUGGAGGUGUUCCCGACCUGCGGGUACGGCGACGCCACGCUCCGCUUCGGCACGCCCGCCGAGCGGGAGGCGGCCAUGCGCAGGCAGCCGUUCGAGGUCGACGGCGUCACGGUGAAGCUCCUGCGGGAUACCGAGAGCGUCCCCAACGUCCCCGUCCCCGAGACCGACUGCAUGGCCCACGUCGCCCUGCACGACUACCCCGUGGAGCAGCGGACCGCCGAGGACAUCGAGGACAACUGCCGGCGCUUCGGGUUCCUGCGCGAGAUCGACCCGGCCUGCUUCACGGCGCCCGACCUCUCCACGGUCCGCGUCGUCCUUGAGCUGGGGCACCCUCGAGAGAUCCCGCGCGAGCUCCGGAUCGCCUACAUGUUUGACGACUCCUCCAGCGUCGUCCCCGUCCAGAUCGUCAAGGUCUGGAACUGCGCGCAUUCCUACGACGCCCGGGGACGCUACGUGCGUCUCUUCCACGCCCCGGCCUGA